CCUUUCACUACUAUCGACGCUCCGAAAAGUUAUUCUAUUUAAAUUAAACAGUUUCGUAAUUCUUUAUACGACAGCCCGAAUUAGGUACAAGUUGUUUCAUCGGAAAUUCCAAGGAUUUUAGGACGUUUUUAUCAAUGUCUACCUCCUGCGUGAUUGGGUACAUACUAUGGUCUCCUGAGUCCAAUAUGUGUGAUGAACUACUACAGCCUGAUAUUACUGAAUUAUGUACCGCCGAGGAGCUACCAGUACCAUCACGAGGCGCUGGAGAAUGACCUCAACCCAAACAUGGACGCCAGCAUCGGUUUCCGCAUCGUGGGCGGCAACCAGAUAACGAUCGAGCAGGCGCCUUACACCGUGCUAUACGGAAUGUACUGCGGCGGCUCCAUCAUCGCUCCACAGUGGGUGCUCACAGCCGCGCACUGCAAGACGAAAGAGAAGUUCAUAGUAGCAGGAUCAACACAGCGCAGUCGGGGUACCCGGUACUACAUCUGCGCUCACUUCAUCCAUCCGCUGUGGCAGCCGGAAGACCCUAGCAACCACGACUGGGACUACCAGCUGGUCAUGUUGGAGACGCCGAUACCGGUCACCCCGCGCUCCCGCCCCAUUGCCAUCGGUAGCCCCGAUGAAAUUGUGCCCGGGUACUUUGUUUCGGUUACCGGGUGGGGACACGUCAGGCAUAAGGAACGUAUGCAGGACUACCUCAGACGAGUGUUCAUCCCGAUCCUGGACAGCGAGUGGUGCCGGGACGUGCCCAGCAGGGAGUACCGGGACCUCUCUCCCAGGAUGUUCUGCGCAGGAUUCCCCAACGGGACCAAAGACUCUUGCCAGGGUGACUCGGGCGGGCCGGCCGUGGGUGCGAGCAACAAGCUGCUGGGGCUAGUGUCGUUCGGUGUGGGCUGUGCUGUGGCCAACCAACCUGGCGUCUACAGCAACGUGCCACUAGCUCGCGACUGGAUCCGCAUGGUCACUGGCCUGCCGCUGUAAUUCCUCAUCUAAGGCUGCGAAGCGGAUGCCAGCGGGCAGCCCAGCAGCGAAGUAGCGGCGGCGGUGGCUAUGAAACACGAGCGCGUCAUUGACACUUCAUGGUCACUGCUGUCUCUCCGCUGCCACUGUGAUCUAGGUUAAGGACUAAAACAAGCGAAUGUCACCCUACCGCUUUCAUACUCGCCAAACACCGCCGCUGCCCGCUGUCAGCGAAUUUGCAAACA